GUCACCGUCCUCCAGUCCAACACAACAUGCCGGAUACCUUCCUCCCGCUUUCUUGCAGUCAUACCUACCUCAUGUCUCGAUUAGGUCGGUUCCUGAGGUAGGUAGGUAGGAAAGGCAAGAUCUCUUGGUCAUUGUUUCCUUCAACAACUCCAUUCACUUUUCGUUCUCUUUCCCCGUUUCCUUAAGUGUAGAUCCCUCAAUCCAUCCACCAACAACCACGCGUCUGGCCAGCCCUUCGACACCCACGGCAUCCAUCACGUCACCACACUGGAUUUCUUCACUUCCUUUGCACAAUGGGCCAACACCAACAAACCUCUACGACCGCUCCAAUCACUCUGGUGACACCAAAUGCCGAGAGAGAAAGAGAGAGCCCAUCGCUGCAAGCUUAUUGCUACGUAUGUAAGUGAAAGGUCAUUCGUGUGUCUCAGACCCCCUUCCAGACUCAUCUUUUCUGACGACUGCCCAGAACCCAAUAGUCAGGUCUCUUGAUCAUUGGUUACCUGUAGCAAGUCUGGUCAGUUCUUAUUCUCUCCCCCGUUUCCCUCGCCCCUCCAUCUCUCCACUAACAAGCACGCCUCCGAAUAGCCGUUCAGCCCCCACACCAUUCCAUACAUCAUCCCACUGAAUCUCCUCUCUUCUUUUCGGUACGCACGUCAGCAAGGUAACCGUACGGUCAGCACAAAGGGUUAGUACAGUGGUGUUUAUUGCUGCGUCUGAAGGUGGAAGACCUGUUUGUAUGGCCCAAUUCGCCUUCCACAUCCACCAGACCUUUUCUAACCGCUGCCCAGAGUCCAACACUUCUAGCACCAAUACCUCUUCUACAUCUCUCUUGGGGCGGAGUAUACCAUGCAGAAUAUCAGGGUGACAACAGGCCAAGGCCAAGAGAUCAAGCUACGGCAUUGACGACGCUGGAAGCUCACAGGACACCGACAACUUCGAUAAUGACUACGCAUCACUCAGCCUCGUCGCACUCAACAUCCAAUCCCUUGUCACAGCCGAGGAGCCUCAACUCAUUCAGCAACCCAUACAACGGACCACCCUUUAGUCCAUCACUACGCUCGAAAAGUAGGUCAAAGCGAAGGGAUCAAGUCGUUCAAUGAGUACACAUGCUAACUUCCGAAACAGCCCUUGGGUUGCCGUCGAAUUGAAUCCUUCAGAUGAUCCUGUUGAGGAUCUUUUCUUAGCCAGCACGAACCCCGAGCAAAUGCAGCGUCUGCACCCACGGACUAUGUUGGUAUUCACGUCAACAGGGCAGACAUUUUGGUCGCGACGAGGUCAAUAGUUCUCUAUUGGUCUCUUGCGCGUAGUGGAAGGAGGAAGUUCGUGGGCAGAGCCUGCGAUUUCUCAGCGGAAGUAGGUGGAAGGGUCCGUCUGCCCGGGUCCAAACCGUCUUCCAGAUCCAUCUCUUCUGACGACUGACCAGAAUCCAACAGCACGCGUCUGCACCGACGGAUUACCUUCUUCAAAGCGAAGGAGUAGCACCACUUCGUGCUUCAUGGGAACGGAUUGUGAGGCAAGAAGUUCAGGUCACUGCCAAGAUUCCCCGAGUCUGCCGGCGAGGGUCAUCCCGACAAGAUCGCCGAUCAGCUCUCCAAUGCCAUUUCUCAACUCCUGCUCCUGAGACAAUACGUUGGCGACAACGUUAUGUCUCCUGGUCAAGUCGCGUAAUUCGAGCGUGUCGCCAAGGAGUGCCAAUACGAGCGCAAAUACCGCAAGUCGCACACAACUUCAUCCGAAGUUGACCUCAAGCAGUUCGAAUUCCAGGGCGAGCGAACAACGAGCCCGCAGAAAGGCAUGAUUUCGAACGCAAUGCAUUUCAAGGGAAUGUACAAUCACAACAGCCUCAAUCAAGAUCCGAACAGAAGGUUGCCCUGGGAAGUCUCCAAUGGUAGAUGGAUCACGGAGGACAGUCUGGUGGUGAUUGGUGGCGGACACGGUGCCAGAUGGGAGGAGUUUGUUUGGUUAUUGUUUGGUUAUUGUUUUAUUAUUUUAUUGCUUUGUUGUUUUUCUGUUUUUCUGGUUCGUUGCUUCCUUGUUUUUUUAUUUGUUUUCAUUAUUUUAUUUCAUUGUUUAUUGUUCAACGCGACGAAAGAAGUUGCGGUACUUGCGCUCGUGUUGCCAAGGAGUGCCAGUACGAGCGCAAGUACCGCAAGCCGCAUACAAAUGCAUCAGAAGUCGACCUGAAGCAGUUCGGGUUCCAAGACGAGCAGCCCAUUCCUCCCGCAACUGUUUUCUUUUUGUUGGUACGCACGUCAGCAGUGCAGCCGCACGGGUGGCACGAAGAGUCAAUCAAGUGGUGUUUAUUACUGCGUAUGGAGGUGGAAGGAGGAAGUGAACAGGGCCCACGAUCCCUCCGUUGGGUGUGGCUGGUGUCGGGCAUCAAAGAGGCACUCUCCGUAUAACGGAACGUACGCGCGCGACCGGAAGCAAGAGACAAAUAGCUACACACUCCCAACAGGGCCCAUAUCAUUCUCAUCAUUAUUCUUCUCCAAGGCACUGUGAGUAGGUUUAUUCUUGGGGGAAUACACAAGAAUUGAACUGGGGACGCAACAACAGGGACAGCGG